GUGUCAGAUUUUUGACAGGUUGCUGUUUGAAUCAUUUAUUGUUUGCCUUGUGCUCAAUCUGAGUCCACAGUUGAUUUACUUUUUGAUCUUUGUCCUAAUAUGUGGCAGGAUACUUGUUCACAGUAUAAUAUAAUUAGGUCUGAGCAUCUAAAGCGCUGUAAAUGCCUAUUGUAAUUGAGGGUUUUUUAUUAUUCUUCUAAUGCUGAGUGGUUGUUUUAAGAUAGGCCUGACAAAAUCCAAAACACAGUGGUUUUACUAUUUUUCUCCUGACUUUAUAAGUAGUUGGCUGCAGAAACUUAAGAUCUGUUAAAUCCUAAAUAGGGCAAUAAAACACAGAAGAGUUUUUUUCUGGUUAAUAGCACUGUGAUCCUUAUGCAUUCUUCUCCCCUAAACAAAUAUACUGUAGCACCUCUGUUAAUAUGUAAGGUGACAUAAAAACGUAUAAAUCCAAAGGUGUUUACCUAAACGGGUUCAGCUUAUAAAUGAAACUUCACAGAACAUGUUGCCUCUGAAACACCAGACUGACGUGUACAUUAAAUGUAUUAACACUAGAAUUCCCAGGGCCGUCAAAUUGACGGGCUUGGGAGUUCUAGUAGAGUUAGAAUUCUGGGAGUUCUAGUGUUAAAACAAAGAGAGGAAACACCUUAGAGCUGAUCCCUCUGGAGAAUUACAGCCCCUGGAAUAAACAUGACUGUGGUUUGCAACCUCAUUUGGUCAGAACUGUAUUGUUCAUUUCCUCCUCUGUUGGCCAGCUGCAGUAAAUAAGUUUUUCUAUGAACUAUGAGAACCUUUGUAGAUGUGUGCCCUGCCUGGAUUUAAAGGUGCUCUGGAUCAGGAUUUCUCAGCAGAACUCCUGCAUGCAGUCUCAUGCUGCUCUUUUUUCUAUGCAUUUAUGUACAGCUCAAUAAUAACCCAUAAUGCUGAUUUAUCAGUUUGAAUGUAUUUCUGCAGCAAAAUGGAUUUAUUUGAAACGACAGCAAAUGGCCUACUAUAAAGUAAAAUGUGCAAAGAUCAUCGCACUUGAGAUAGCAUGACCAUUCUAGCAGGUCAUUAAGUCCUGCCCUCUCUCUGGCUCAGCAAGUAACCUUUCUUCACUGUCCUGUUUGUUUUUUUGUGACUCCCUGAUUGCUUAGCUUGACAUAACUUUUUUCUAAUUUGCACACUUUAAAAUUAGUUAUUGUGGGUAAAUUUAUUUAUAUUCAGAUGUUUUAAUCUUCAAUUAAACUGAAUCACUGAUGUCAUUCAAGAAGCUUUUGGUUUGUUUUAAUUCACUAAAUAAAUAUUCCCUGCUCUUCACAGAUGAUUUUAAUGAGAGCCUUCAGCGUCCAUACCAUCACAUGUCAUCACAUGUCAUCUAAAGAUAGGAAAUGAGUGCUGCCCACUGUGUCCUUCUGGCAGUCGAGUAAAAACAGACUGUACGGAGUUCAGAAGGAGGUCCUGUCUGCCCUGCACAGAUGGAACUUAUAUGGACCUGCCAAAUGGAGAGAAGAGAUGCACUCCAUGUUCUACCUGUGAUUCAGGAGCUGGUCUGAUGGUCAAACAAGGAUGUAGAACAUAUGCAGACACAGUCUGUGAACUAAUGGAGGGGUUCUUCUUUACAGACCCUAAAUCAGGAGGCUGUGGUGUAGCACAGAAACACAGGAGCUGUGAACCAGGACAGUACAUCAGCAAGAAAGGAACAGCCUCCACAGACACAGACUGCUCUGACUGCUUCAGUGGAACAUUUUCUAAUGGGACAAUGUUGUCUUGUCAGCAACACAGACAAUGUGAAAAAGAAAACCUUCAGCUGAUAAAAGCAGGAACAGCUUCAACUGACGCUGAAUGUGGAGAAGAAGGUUCCAAUAUCACAGGAAUAGUGAUCGGUGUGGUGGUUUUAUUAGUUUUAGCAGCGAUUGUUGCUGUUUAUCUUCUCUGGAAACAUCGGAGGAAGGCAAAAGCAGUCAUUUGCACAAAACUACAAAAACCCCAAAGGGAAGAUGCAGAAGGAGCAGAACACAGCAAUCCUUUGACAACACCAGAGAGGGAAACCUUUCAUUAAACACGUGGGGGAAAAUCUUCUUCAGGAUCCAGAUACAACCAAGCUGGAUGCUGAGUCAUUGUUUUUACAGUGAUCAGAAAAAAGUAAAACUCUCUUCUCCACCAGAGGCAUGAUCAUCAUCUUAGACUGAUCACUCUGCACAGAAAUUUGAACUUCUGGUAUUAAGAUAUUUGAAGACUGCAGACUGUGUGGAAUUGAAGAUUACAUGAAAACUGGUAGCUGUAUUAGCUCUGUGACUGUAACCCAGAAUGAUUUAGAGGAAAUGUUCAGUAAAUCAGCAACUUCA